AUGGCCGAAACCCUGAAGCGUACGUUUCAUGGGUGCUUAACAUGUCGCAAGAGGAAAGUGCGAUGUCCAGGAGGGAAUCCCUGCGAAACCUGCUCUCGGAUGAACAUUGUCUGCCACAAUUCCUUUGAUACCAACCUUCGAAUCCGCGUCUCGACACCUACCCGCCCGGAAGAGGCAAAAUCUUCAAUACGAAAGCCCGGUCGUGCGCGGCGAUCGACUGCCCCGGCAGCAUCGGGCUCGAUAAUCUCAAAUAGCAGCAAGGGUUCCCCGGCGGCUUCGAAAUGCCCAAUUCCGAAAUCUCACCAACCAGACCUCGCCUCUGAGUCGUCAACUGUUCAUCGGACCAGUGCACCUCCUCCGGGCGCUUCGGACGACGCAGACUGUGGCCGUUUUCCGUUCGCCGGCGUAAUGGAUUUCGACCCUUGCUUUGAGCCGAACCUUGAGGACGUCUUCAAUGUGGGCGUGGAUGCUCCCGCCAAAGUUCCCAUCAUAGUAUGGCCCAUAGAUCCUAACCCGGCACCGACAGACGCCUUAGAUUUCUCGCACGUCAGCCCUAAGUCCGAGUGCCGGUCUUCUGUGUCGUCGGAAUGUGGACUGAAAGAGUGGGUUCCCAAGCGACGCAGGCGCACCAAGAAUCCGACCCCAGAGAAAGAAUCUCCAGAGACGGAUGCCCAGGAGAAGCGGGACGGCGUGUCAAUGUACAGCUCGUUGCCCAGGUAUCCGCAAGGCGUUCCCGCGACCCAGAAUGAUGAGGUUGGGGCACUGUACAAUUUCGCUGUCGAAUUCGAGCGAAAGUGUGCCCCGUGUAGUCCGAUGCGCCUUGCACUCUUGGUUUGGUUAGCAAGAAGCUCGGUUUCCGACAAGCUGGCGACCGACCCGGUCACGGCGAGCUGGUACUCGCGAGCGUCAGCAGAAGUCGACAAACUGAUGACUCUCCCUGACGCCAUGUGUGAGCUCGGCGUCCGCCCGGUGAGGACGAGUGCCGAAGUCAUCAUAUGCGCGUCACUCUUCCUCAAUCAAUAUGAUGUAUGGAACUACGCCCUUGAUUCAAUAGACGGUCGCUUUCGACGGAUCAGUGAUUGGCUUGUGAAACAUCCCAAUGAUCUAGGACUGUCCCCCUUGGCCAGCAAGAUGCUCUUGUGGACCUGCUAUCUGCAGAUCCGACUCGGCAUCUUCAAUACUAGAAGUCUCCCCUCCACGACACUUCUUGAACUGUUGGGUCAGAGAGCAGAAUACAUUCGAGUCUUGGAGAAUUCGCAGAUGUUCCAAGCGGAUAUGUUCGGCCCCGAGCAUCCCAAGGAACAACUUGCCGCGGACGCCGAGAGCAUACCAGCAACUCUGCACUUGCACGAGGCAUUCUGUGUCCUCGCCAAGGUAGCGCGUUACCGAUAUUUGCAACAAACGUCGCCUCUGAGCGCGGGCAGCUGGGGAGACCUCACCAUGUCACGACAUCGGGACGUCGAAGACAACAUCCAGAGGCUUGAGGGCGACUUCCAAUUCGCGGCAAUAAUGAACGAUGCCGCCAACGAUACUCUUUCCGGACUCGUCCCGGGCACCUGGCGGCCGCCACCCAGGAUGAGCACAAGGCCCACUCAGCUGGAGCUCUGCAAGGCUGAGAGCGCGGGCCCUUGCCCAUCAUCUGUAUGUAUCAACUCCCAAACACCCAGCCGGGAAAGCCUGGACUGGUUAACGGCGUAUGCCGUGUUCCUGGCGACAAAAAUCCUUUGGUCCCGAGCGGUAUUCCCAAGCAUCCGUACCGACCAUGCCUCAAUCGAGGCGGUCGAGUCAAUCUUGCAGGCAGCGUUGCAUCUCCGCAGGGCGCGCGGGCGCGAGGAUCUCUGCCAAGAGCUGCCUUCGGCCCUAUGGUUAUUGCCUCUCUUCGUAGCGGGUAUUGAGACGGUUGACGAGGUUCGCGCCGAUUGGGUGAGGAUGUUCGUCUGUGGCGUGGCCGAGGUCGAGAGGGAUGGUAACAAUAGCAGGCGUGCUCAUGCAAGAAAAGUGCUGGAUUUGAUGGAACAUCUGAGAGCGAAGCAAGACCAACAAGGCUCAAGAGUGUGUAUUGAGGAAGCCAUGAGGGAAAUUGAGGGACCAAACGGAGUGUUCAUGUUUCUUGGCUAG